AUGGCGUCGUAUCGGCCACCGCAUCCUCCUCCACCGCCGUCUCAAAAUCCCUUACCCCCGCCGCCCCCUCCGCCGUCGUUACCCCCUCCAGUUCCUCCCCCUCCGCCGUCGCAUCAACCUUACUCUUAUCCUCCGCCGCCUCAUGCUUACUAUCAGCAGCCGUCCCACUAUCCUCAGCAAUUUAACCAGCAUCAAGCUCCUCCGCUUCCUCCUCCCGCUUCUCCUCCUCCUCCUCCUCCACCCCCUCCACCCUCAGCUCCUCCUCCUCUCGUACCCGAUCCUCCUCCCCGAAACCAAGCGCACAAUGACCGCGACAAAGGGGCCUCGAAGCCGAUUUCUGCACCUGCAAGACGGGAGCGUGCGCACGGAGUUCCAUCGAAGCACCACAGGCCUCAUAUUAGGGAUCCCGGUGUCAAAGUCGAGACCGAAGAAGAGAGGAGGCUUAGGAAGAAGAGGGAGCUUGAGAAACAAAGGCACGAAGAGAAGCUUAGACAGCAGAUGAAAAGUUCUCACAAGUCUCAGAUGCCCAAGGGACACACCUCCGUCGUUGGAUCUCGCGCGGAGGAGAGGAAGCCUACGCCUCUACUCACCACCGACAGGGUCGAGAAUAGGUUAAAGAAACCAACCACCUUCAUCUGCAAGCUCAAGUUCCGGAAUGAGCUUCCUGACCCAACUGCGCAGCUUAAGCUUAUGACCAUUAAGCGAGAUAAAGAUCAAUAUACAGAUUAUACCAUCACAUCGCUGGAGAAGUUAUGGAAACCAAAAAUCUUUGUCGAGCCUGAUCUUGGAAUACCCUUGGACCUGCUUGACCUAAGUGUAUACAACCCACCCAAAUUCAAGGUGCCUCUUGCCCCUGAAGAUGAAGAACUGUUGCGUGAUGAUGAUGCUGUUACACCUAUUAAGAAAGAUGGCAUCAGGAGAAAAGAACGACCAACUGAUAAAGGUGUUUCCUGGCUCGUGAAAACACAAUACAUUUCUUCCAUUAACAAUGAAUCGGCUAGACAGUCUCUAACUGAGAAACAAGCAAAGGAACUGCGAGAGAUGAAAGGAGGCAUCAACAUCCUGCAAAAUCUUAACAAUCGGGAGAGACAGAUCAAGGAUAUUGAAGCGUCCUUCGAGGCCUGCAAAUCUCGACCAGUUCAUGCUACCAAUAAAAACUUGCAGCCAGUCGAGAUUUUACCACUAUUGCCACAUUUUGAUAGGUACGAUGAGCAUUUUGUGGUAGCGAAUAUUGAUACUCCUACAGCUGAUUCUGAAUCCUUUGGCAAGCUGAACCCUUCAAUUCGUGAUGAAUAUGAGUCACGGGCCAUUCUGAAAAGCUAUGUAGUGGGUGGAUCAGACACUGGGAAUUCAGAAAAAUUUCUAGCGUACAUGGUUCCUUCCUUGGGUGAGUUGUCUAAGGAUAGGCAUGAUGAAAACGAGGAUAUCUCUUACACUUGGGUUCGCGAAUACAACUGGCUUGUAGGUGGCGAGGAAACUGAUCGUGGCAUGUUCCUGGUAUCGUUCGACGAUGGGACUGCUAGCUAUCUGCCCCUACACACAAAGCUCAACUUGAGGAAAAGAAGGGCCAGGGAAGGAAGAUCUGAUGAGAUUGAACACUUUCCGGUACCUUCAAGGGUGACUAUAAGGCGCAGAUCGACUGUGUCAGUGAUAGAACAUAAAGAUUCAGGGGUUUAUUCGAAUUCUAGGGUUGGUGCUUCGAGCUCCAAGAUGAGAAGGUUAGAGGACGAAGAAGGCCUUGGUAGAUCUUGGAAACACGAGCCGGAACAAGAUGCCAGUCAAGAGCUCGGCGUUCCCGAUACGAGCUCCGGCACGGUCAUCUACAACACACCGAUCCGUUUCUACGAUCCGGAUUCGAACACCACGGCGUCUUUCUUCACACAAUUCUCCUUCUCCGUCCAAAAUGUGAACCCAGAUUCCUCCGGCGACGGGCUCUCUUUCUUCCUCUCCCACGACGACGAUACUCUUGGAAUUCCCUACCUGGUUCUCGUCAAUUCCUCUCAGCCGAUGAAGAAUCGCUUCGUCGACAACAAAUUGGAUCCUCCUUUCAACGACCCGAGCGGAAAUCACGUCGGCGACAGUUUAAACUCAAUCGCGACCUCGGAUCCAUCCGUUUCGUCUCAAAUUGAUCUGAAAUCUGGGAAAUCGAUCACUGCCUGGAUCGAUUACAAGAACGAUUUGCGUUUAUUGAACGUGUUCUUGAGUUACACAGAUCCAAUUGCCAAGAAGCCAGAAAAGCCUCUUUUAUCUGCAAACAUCGAUCUUUCUCCUUUCUUAAACGGUUCGAUGUAUGUAGGAUUCUCCGGUUCAACAGAAGGAAGCACAUAG